AUGGCCAUAGAACAGAAAGUUGUCUUUCCACCUGCUGUUCUAGCUAGGAUUUCGCCCGAGCUCACGCUUCAGCGCCAUUUGGCACAAGGACUCAGACCAUGUCUUCGUGAAUUCACAGAAUUUCGUGAGACUGUGGUCAGCGAGGGGAGUAUGGCCGAUGUGGGCACCGACGCUGUGGUGGGCUCGUCUGUGAUUAAACAAGGAGCCUGUCAUGCAUUUUGCGGUAUAACCUUGGGAGUCAGUGAAGUGAACAGCGCAGAGGACGAAUUUGCUCCUCCUGAGCCUGAAAGUUCAAAAUACACCUCGGUUUAUCCCAUAGUGGAGGUGGCCAGAGGAAGACAAGGGGCUCCUAGCGACGAGGAACAAAUCCUUUCACAGAAGUUGUACAACUACAUAUAUCAUCUGCGCCUUCUCCCGCAGGCCUCACUCGAUAUAACUCCGGGAUAUCAGAUUAAGGAUGAGGCUACUGGGGACGUUAGCAUAUUAUACACGGACGACAAGGACUUGUCCGAAGAAGAGCUCCUGACACUCUCCUCAUCCAUCAAUAUUAGCAAAAAACAGUAUAGAUUUGUCUUAUAUGCCCACAUCAAGGUCUUCUCCAGAGACGGUCCAUUAUUCGACCUUGUGAGCCGUGCUCUUAUAACCGCCUUGAAGGACGUCACUCUCCCUCGUAUCUAUUUGGCAGACUCUGGAGUUGACCCAAAUGUCAAAGUUCCUGUGAGAUCUAGAGGACACUUCGGUCACUUAAACCAAGCGUCUGGCAACAUCUAUAUCGACACAAACAAAGACCUUGCGCAACCGGUACGAUUGAACACUCGGGAGCUUGGCUUAUCAUCUAGUUUUGGUAUCAUCGAGCUUGAUGAUACUGCGGGUCAGAGUGCAAUUUUAGCAGACCUUGAAGGUGAAGCAGAGGAGGCAUGCUGUGAAACAAAAGUCAACAUCAUCGCAUCAAAGAAUAACUUAAAACACGUUAGUGUAUCUGGCGGUGGGGCUAACGUCACCCUCGAUGCAUUGAAAAAGAUCAUCUCACUUUCUCGCGAAAGAGCAGAGAAGCUACUUUAA